CCAGCUGUCCCAAGCCCCCACCCACCUGGCAAAAGUCGUGACCAAGGGGUGGAAUCUGCACUCAGAAGGUCCUCGCCCAACUCGGUCAGCACAGCCCUCUGUGAACCAAGCACUGCUCCAGGGCACAGAAGAGUGCACAUGAUAGAGUGGCAGAUAGGCUUCUGGUGAGCCCCUGCCUCUGAGAGCUCCUGGGUUAGUGGGAGGCGGAGGCGGGCAGACCUAGAGUGCACACGGGCCAGCCUGCCAAGCUACAGAAGGAAAGGACAGCAUUGCAAUGGAGGGACCUGGCUAAUGGGGGAAGAUGGGAAAGCUUCCCGGGGAAGCGGCACCCGGGCUGCUGAGCCUACAGGACGGGUGAAUGGCAGCCAGUGACAGAGCGGGGAGUGCUAUGGAGCGGGGACUGCUUUCCAGGAAGAAUGAGCAGCAGGUGCCCAGGCCCUGAGUCUGAAGGUACCCCAGAGCUCUGGGGAACACAUUCAACCACCCAUGAUGUUUAUUAAGCUCAACUGCCUGCCAGGAACUUAUCUAUGAGCGGGGAUGGAUUGAGAAUAUCCAAGACAAAGCUUCUGGCCUGGUGGAGGUCAUGUUCUCAUGAAAGGAGUUGGUGAACACGGAAGGUCAUUUCAGAUGGCAAGAGGAGGUGGCACUGACGUUGAGGGUGGAAAGGACCUGUCUCCUUCUGCUGCCCACCUAAUGUUGCCACUAAGAUUCCCUGAGGACAAUGCCUCUGUCCCUCAGCCUGGGACUUCCAAAGAGGUUGUCUGGCAGCUUCAGGUGGACCCAGAAGACGUUCCCAACUCAGGGAGACUCAGCGAUCACUCACUUGCUGUACAGAAUGAUAUUCCUCACGGCACUGCCUCUGUUCUGGAUUAUGAUUUCAGCCUCCCGAGGGGGUCACUGGGGUGCCUGGAUGCCCUCGUCCAUCUCGGCCUUUGAAGGCACGUGCGUCUCCAUCCCCUGCCGCUUUGACUUCCCGGAUGAGCUGCGGCCCGCCGUGGUGCAUGGCGUCUGGUACUUCAAUAGCCCCUACCCCAAGAACUACCCUCCGGUGGUCUUCAAGUCGCGCACCCAAGUCGUCCACGAGAGCUUCCAGGGCCGCAGCCGCCUCCUGGGGGACCUGGGCCUGCGCAACUGCACCCUCCUGCUCAGCAACGUCAGCCCCGAGCUGGGCGGGAAGUACUAUUUCCGUGGGGACCUGGGCGGCUACAACCAGUACACCUUCUCAGAGCACAGCGUCCUGGACAUCAUCAACACCCCCAACAUCGUGGUGCCCCCAGAAGUGGUGGCAGGCACAGAAGUGGAGGUCAGCUGCAUGGUACCGGACAACUGCCCAGAGUUGCGCCCUGAGCUGAGCUGGCUGGGCCACGAGGGGCUGGGGGAGCCUGCUGUGCUGGGCCGGCUGCGGGAGGACGAGGGCACCUGGGUGCAGGUGUCGCUGCUGCACUUCGUGCCCACGAGGGAGGCCAACGGCCACCGGCUGGGCUGCCAGGCCUCCUUCCCCAACACCACCCUGCAGUUCGAAGGCUACGCCAGCCUGGACGUCAAGUACCCCCCAGUGAUUGUGGAGAUGAACUCCUCGGUGGAAGCCAUCGAGGGCUCCCACGUGAGCCUGCUCUGUGGGGCUGACAGCAACCCGCCGCCGCUGCUGACCUGGAUGCGGGACGGGACGGUGCUCCGGGAGGCCGUGGCCGAGAGCCUGCUCCUGGAGCUGGAGGAGGUGACCCCCGCCGAGGACGGUGUCUACGCCUGCCUGGCCGAGAAUGCCUACGGCCAGGACAACCGCACCGUGGGGCUCAGUGUCAUGUAUGCACCCUGGAAGCCGACGGUGAAUGGGACAGUGGUGGCCGUAGAGGGGGAGACGGUCUCUAUCUUGUGCUCUACACAGAGCAACCCGGACCCUAUUCUCACCAUCUUCAAGGAGAAGCAGAUCCUGGCCACAGUCAUCUACGAGAGCGAGCUGCAGCUGGAGCUGCCGGCCGUGUCGCCUGAGGAUGAUGGAGAGUACUGGUGCGUGGCUGAGAACCAGUAUGGCCAGAGGGCCACCGCCUUCAACCUGUCUGUGGAGUUCGCUCCUGUGCUCCUCCUGGAGUCCCACUGCGCGGCAGCCCGAGACACGGUGCAGUGCCUGUGCGUGGUGAAGUCCAACCCGGAGCCAUCCGUGGCCUUUGAGCUGCCGUCGCGCAAUGUGACCGUGAACGAGAGCGAGCGGGAGUUCGUGUACUCUGAGCGCAGCGGCCUGGUGCUCACCAGCAUCCUCACGCUGCGGGGGCAGGCCCAGGCCCCGCCCCGCGUCAUCUGCACCGCGAGGAACCUCUAUGGCGCCAAGAGCCUGGAGCUGCCCUUCCAGGGAGCCCAUCGACUGAUGUGGGCCAAGAUCGGGCCUGUGGGCGCUGUGGUCGCCUUUGCCAUCCUGAUUGCCAUCGUCUGCUACAUUACCCAGACACGCAGGAAAAAGAACGUGACAGAGAGCCCCAGCUUCUCAGCAGGGGACAACCCUCCCGUCCUGUUCAGCAGCGACUUCCGCAUCUCUGGGGCACCAGAGAAGUACGAGAGCGAGAGGCGCCUGGGAUCUGAGAGGAGGCUGCUGGGCCUUCGGGGAGAACCCCCAGAGCUGGACCUGAGCUAUUCUCACUCGGACCUGGGGAAACGGCCCACCAAGGACAGCUACACACUGACGGAGGAGCUAGCUGAGUAUGCUGAAAUCCGGGUCAAGUGAAGGAGCUGGGGGCAGCCCGUGUGGCUGACCCCCCUCAGGACCCUCGCUGGCCCCCACUGGCUGCGGGCUCCCUUCCUCCCAAAAGUAGCGGGGGCUGGGGCAGGAGGGGAAUGAGGCAGGUGACAGUGAGGUCCUGGGGACCUGACCUCCCCCCCUCCUUCCCAGCUGCCCCUCCCUGCCAACACCCCCACGCCCUCAUUACGGCUCCUUUCCAACCACCUUUACCCUCAUCUGUCCGGAGAGGAGCUCUGUCUGUCCGUGUUAUUUAUUGCUACUUCCUGCCUGGUCUCCUGCCCCGACACCUGGCCCCAGGGCCUGUACAAAAGGGACAUGAAAUAAAUGCCCCGAAGCCAAAGCCAGUCUAGA